GACCAAUAAGGACAGUCCGUGGGGCUGGGACAUCCGAGAGCUUCAGCUAUGCUGCUGCGUCUACUUCCUGUGACGGAAGCAAGUCGCUCCUAAAUUGGCGCCAUGUCAUUUCACCUGGGGCGAGGGGGAGCCGCGCACGCCGGCCACAGCACUAUCCCGAAGGUGGGGGGCACUCGGGGCAGGGGCGCCCCAGGGAACCGGAUGCCUCCACAGAACUUUCAGGCCGCGGGUUUUCGACCGGUUCACCCCCAGCAGCCCCCGCCCUUAUUCCCCCACGAGCAGCAGGUCGCUCCCCCCAUGCUGCCCCCUCCCCGCUUCCCCGCCCCGCAGGGCACGGGCUAUGUUCCUCCCAGCUUUAUGCCCUACCAGCCUCACAUCCCCCAGCCGGCGGAGAUGGACAUCACGCAGAGUGCCCCGCAGCAGUGCCCCGUCCACCCCCGGGCUCCGUUUCCCGCUCCUCCGGUGCGCCAGGGCUUUCCCGGUUUGCCUUGCUUUACACCGGCGCCCCCCCUGCCCAGCGCUGUGACCACCCUUCCGGGGACCCCCGACCGACCGGCUGGCUUCCACCACAUGUUGGCGCCGGCCCCGCCCCCGCCCCAGCCCCCUCCCCCGCUGAUGCCCCCCCAGACCGUCGGCUACCAGCCCCCGUACGCGAUGGGUUACUCGCAGCCGUACCCGCUUCAGCACCUCAACAGCGGCUUCCAGCCCAGCUCCGGAUCCGGCGGCUACCCACCGGAUUCCGGCUCCCGCCGGCCCGAGCGCUUCGGGGACAAGCCGCCCUACCCGCCGGAGAAGCCCCCCGGCCGCCGGCGCUCGGCCGAGCGGGACCGCCGCCGCAGGGAGCGCAGCUGCCGGAGCCACGGCCAGCGCCGCCGGCCGGAGUCCCGGGGGGAGAGGGGGAGGAGUCCGGAGCGGAGGAGAUCGGAGAGCAGCCGGCGCCGGGGGAGCAGCCGCGACCGGGGGAGGUCACCGGCUCGACACCGAAACCGCGACCACAGCAGAGACAGACAUAAGCAUCGUGACAGCUACCGAUCCCCGUCGUAUGAAAGACAGCACAGACGUGAACGGAAAAGGACGCAUAGCCGGUCAAGCAGCAGAGAGAGGAAGCGCCCUCACUGGGAGGAUGAGAGAGAUCGAAGGUCAACGGGUCACAGUUCAAGUAAGGAGAAACUCCAUUCGGCAACCCGAAGCAAGGAGGCUGAAGAGAGCUCCUUCACUGAAAAGAUUGAGGAGGAGAAAGAGGAGGAAGAGCUGCUAAAUACAAAGCCGGUGUGGAUUCGCUGUACUCACUCUGAGAAUUACUAUUCCAGUGACCCCAUGGAUCAGGUGGGUGAUUCCACUGCUGUUGGCACAAGUAAACUGCGGCAGCUUUAUGCCAAGUUUGAUGAGGAGCUUGGGCAGAGACAAUCAAAGGCAAAAGCUGCCAGACCGCCAUGGGAGCCUCCGAAAACCAAACUGGAUGAAGAACCAGACGCCAGCUCCAGUGAUUCAGGCUGUGACUCGGAUGAUAACAGCAGUGGGAGCAGUACCUGCAGCUCAGACUCUGAAAUUAUUGACGUAAUUGAAGAAAUCAAACGUAAAAAGGCACAUCCCGAUCGAUUGCACGAGGAGUUGUGGUACAAUGAUCCAGGCCAGAUGAACGACGGCCCACUGUGUAAAUGUAGCGCCAAGGCAAAACGAACUGGGAUCAGACACAGCAUUUACCCUGGUGAAGAGGCAAAUGAUGCUUGUCGUCCAAUGACUAAUAACGCAGGCAAAUUAUUCCACUAUAGGAUUACAGUUUCUCCGCCUACCAAUUUUUUGACUGAUAGACCAACCGUGAUCGAGUACGACGACCACGAAUAUAUCUUUGAAGGGUUUUCCCUGUUUUCUCACACUCCGCUUAAUAAUAUUCCUCUGUGUAGGGUCAUACGUUUUAAUAUAGACUACACCAUCCAUUUCAUCGAGGAAAUGAUGCCAGAGAAUUUCUGUGUGAAAGGAUUAGAAAUGUUUGCCUCGUUCUUAUUCAAGGAUAUUUUGGAACUUUACGACUGGAAUAUUCACGGUCCAGUAUUUGAAAGUGGUGCUCCAUCCUGCCCAAGAUUUCAUUUUUUGCCCCGCUUUGUUAGAUCGAUACCUGAUAGUGGAAAAGAAGUCCUUUCAAUGCAUCAGGUGUUGCUUUACCUAUUACGCAGCAGUAAACCUCUGGUUCCUGAGGAGGAGAUUGCUAACAUGCUGCAGUGGGAGGAGUUGGAAUGGCAGAAAUAUGCUGAAGAAUGUAAGGGCAUGAUUGUGACCCACCCUGGCAUGAAGCCUAGUUCUGUUCGUAUUGACCAGUUGGACCGGGAACAGUUUAACCCCGAGGUCAUUACAUUUCCAAUUAUCGUUCACUUUGGCAUACGGCCUGCUCAGCUCAGUUACGCUGGGGACCCACAGUAUCAGAAACUGUGGAAGAGUUAUGUCAAACUGCGUCAUCUACUAGCAAACAGCCCAAAGGUCAAACAAGCGGACAAGCAGAAAUUAGCUCAGCGCGAGGAAGCUCUGCAGAAGAUCCGGCAGAAGAAUACAAUGCGACGUGAGGUGACAGUGGAAUUGAGCAGCCAAGGUUUCUGGAAGACUGGUGUGCGCUCAGAUGUCUGUCAGCAUGCCAUGAUGUUGCCAGUUUUGACCCACCAUAUUCGAUACCAUCAGUGUCUUAUGCACUUGGAUAAGCUGCUCGGCUACACGUUUAAGGAGCGUUGUCUCCUCCAGCUUGCAAUGACCCACCCAAGCCACCAUCUAAAUUUCGGAAUGAACCCAGAUCACGCAAGAAACUCUUUGUCAAACUGUGGCAUCCGACAACCCAAGUAUGGAGACAGGAAGGUUCACCACAUGUACAUGAGGAAGAAAGGCAUAAACACCUUAAUAAACAUUAUGUCACGCCUUGGUCAAGACGACCCAGCUCCCUCAAGGAUUAACCACAACGAACGACUGGAAUUUUUGGGAGAUGCAGUGGUUGAGUUUUUAACAAGCGUGCACUUGUACUUUCUGUUCCCAAAUCUGGAGGAAGGUGGGCUAGCAACCUACCGCACAGCAAUAGUGCAGAACCAGCACCUUGCUAUGCUCGCCAAGAAGUUGGAAUUGGACCGUUUCAUGCUGUACGCCCAUGGACCUGACCUCUGUAGGGAAUCUGACCUACGUCACGCUAUGGCUAAUUGCUUUGAAGCUCUGAUAGGUGCAGUCUACCUGGAGGGGGGCCUUGAAGAAGGCAAGCACUUGUUUGGUCGACUCCUGUUCAAUGGCUCGGAUCUUCGGGACGUGUGGCUUAAUUAUCCACUUCAUCCUUUGCAACUACAGGAAUCGAAUACAGACAGGCCUCUCAUAGCCACCUCUCCUGUUCUAAAAAAACUGACUGAUUUUGAAGAAACAAUUGGAGUGAAUUUUAUUCACAUACGCCUCCUAGCUCGAGCCUUCACUUUGCGAACUGUUGGAUUUAAUCAUCUAACUCUGGGUCACAAUCAAAGGAUGGAAUUUCUUGGUGAUUCUAUAAUGCAGCUGGUAGCCACUGAGUAUUUAUUCAUACACUUCCCUGACCAUCACGAAGGCCAUUUAACGCUGUUACGAAGUUCCCUGGUCAAUAACCGGACUCAAGCCAAAGUGGCAGAAGAACUGGGCAUGCAGGACUUUGCGAUCACAAAUGACAAAACCAAAAGACCUGUUACACUGCGCACUAAGACACUCGCUGACCUUUUGGAAUCAUUCAUAGCUGCACUUUAUAUCGACCAGGAUUUGGACUAUGUCCGCACCUUCAUGAAUGUAUGCUUCUUCCCACGAUUAAAGGAGUUUAUCCUGAACCAGGAUUGGAAUGACCCCAAAUCUCAGCUGCAGCAGUGUUGCCUGACCCUUAGAACAGAGGGGAAAGAGCCAGACAUCCCUUUGUACAAGAUCCUUCAGACAGUGGGACCAUCCCAUGCCAGGACAUACACAGUGGCCGUGUAUUUCAAAGGAGAAAGGAUUGGCUGUGGUACAGGUCCAAGCAUUCAGCAAGCAGAAAUGGGAGCUGCCAUGGAUGCGUUGGAAAAAUAUAACUUCCCCCAGAUGGCCCAUCAGAAGCGCUUCAUUGAGCGGAAAUACAGACAGGAGUUGAGAGAAAUGAGGCGGGAAAGAGAGCGACAGGAGAAGGAUCCCAGUGAGACCGAGGAGAGCAGAAAAUAAACGAGUACAUGAAAACCGUGGCAUAUUUACCUUCUUAAACAACUGCAAUUCCAGCCACGUCUGCCUUUGGGGACAUAACCUAUUUCUAAUGUGAAAGUGAAUGAAGAGCCAUGAAAUGUGUGCAGCAAGAUCAAGAGAUGAUGUUCCAUUCCUAGUAAUGAGGUAUGAAGCUCAUAGCCCUGCAGAGAAAGCAUUGCAAUGGUGGGGCGAUUUGUCUCAAACUAUUUAAAUGUAUAUUUAAAUGCAUUUUAUUUUAGUUUUAAUUAUUUGGUUCCGCUCUUGUACAUUUGUAGCUUUGAUUUUCAAAGCAGCCGAAUUUCUUUUCAAGCCUGUUGUUUUUAUUUUAUGCAAGAAGGUUUUUGAAGUAUCACUUGUGCGAUUUGAACUUUGUAACACCUUACUUAUGAUAGAUCAAUAAAAUACCUCCUUUUCACUAACCAGAAAAACAACUCUUUAUGGGACCACCACUGAGCUUAGAUGGAAUGCAAGCAGCUUGCAAAGAAAAACUGUGCUUUUGAUCAGGUUUCCUCUAGUUGGUACAAUGAGUGGAAGUCUUUGUACCAUGCCCUAUUGAGUCAUUCGAUUGCAUCACUUGGUAUAAAUACAUACAGCAGAGAAUGUUUGGCAUAGGUAAUAAUUUUAAGAUGUGCUGCUACCUGUAAUUGGAAUCUAACUGUGGAGUUGAACUUAUUAAAUGAACAGAGAACAUUCUAUGCUUAAAUCAGGAUUUAGUAUUGUUUACUUUUUACACAUUUACCCUGAAGUUAAAUGUAUCCUAACUAAGAAGUGGUUCGUUACACUGAUGUGUUCAUCAAUAUGAUUAAAUCAAUGCUUGUAAGAUCAA